UUGCUCUUCAACAUCGCAGGAUUUACGCAGAUGGCCAUCUGGGCCAAAAACAAGCAUCGUGCGUACAAGAAGGAGUUCCCCGAUUAUCCUAAAGAACGAAUGGCAAUGGUUCCGUUUGUGUUUUAA